UGAAUGCAGGAUACCUUCUGCCUGAGCGUCGAUUCCAAGUUCAGCUUUGGAGCAGCAGCCGGUAAGGAGCGGGGACUCUAAUUUCUCACCUCUCUCGUCGCCGACAUGAAGUCUGCAGAAGAAGAUGCAUACAGCUACACACCAAAUGUCAGCCUGUCCCUUCCUCUGGGUAUGGGCAACCCCUGUCUGGCCACUCAGUACCACACCCUACAGUCCAGCCCAGUCAUUUCAGUUUCUUCCUGCCACCCGACAGGCUACAGCCUCCAAAAUGACAACCAUGCAGCAUCAGGCUACUACCUGCCCCACGGCUUGAGACCCAACGCAGCUCCAGCUCUGGAAAGCCCUCGCAUUGAGAUCACUGCUUACAGCCAGUACCCCGACGAUGAGGUAGAAGAGAGCAGCAGUGAGGACCACAUCAUUAAACGAGGUGUGAACUCCAUCGUUACACUGACACUGCCUAAUGCAGACGGCUACCGUGAUCCCAGCUGCCUCAGCCCUGCGAGCAGCAUUUCCUCACGCAGCUGUAACUCCGAGGCGUCAUCCUACGAGUCCGGUUUCUACAACUACGAAAACUCCCCACAGAACUCCCCCUGGCAGUCUCCUUGCGUUUCUCCUCGAGGGUCGUCCUCACUUCUGUCGUGUCCGCAUGCUGGCGGCCCUGCAGGCUCCCCUCACCACUCACCCUCCACCUCUCCACAGAUCGGAGCUGUGGCCGAGGAAGGCUGGCCAACACAACUUCGCGGCUCCAGGCCAAACUCCCCUUCCUGCAGCGGAGUUGGCGGAGUCAACAGCGGAGGCAUCGGAAAGCGAAAGUACAGCUUCAACGGCACCUCCUACCGUCAGACAUCCUGCUCACCCAACCAGUCGCCCACCCCCUCGCCCCAUGGCUCCCCCAGAGUCAGUGUCACAGAUGAGAACUGGCUCGCCAACACCAACCAGUACACCAACUCUGCCAUUGUGGCCGCCAUCAACGCUCUAACCACAGACGGAGUGGUGGACAUGGGGGAGGGAAUCCCAAUCAAGACACGGAAGACCAUGCUGGACCACUCAUCCUCCAUGAGUCUGAAAGUGGAACCUGGUGGCGAGGAACUGGGUCCUGAUGGGGACCUCUGUGCCGAUGACUACCCCUCCCGCCUGGCUCUCAAGAAGGAAAACUACUGUGGAGGGUUCCUGGAUGUACCCCAGCAUCCGUACUCCUGGUCUAAACCCAAACCUUACCUCAGCCCAUCUCUGCCAGCGCUGGACUGGCAGCUUCCAUCCUGCUCCGGUCCGUAUAACCUGCAGAUUGAGGUGCAGCCAAAGUCCCACCACAGGGCCCAUUAUGAGACCGAAGGCAGCCGAGGAGCCGUGAAGGCGCUGUCUGGAGGACACCCUGUCGUACAGCUUUAUGGUUACAUGGAAAGCGAGCCGCUCACCCUGCAGCUGUUCAUAGGGACCGCAGACGACCGCCUCCUGCGACCACAUGCCUUCUACCAGGUCCACCGCAUCACUGGCAAAACCGUCUCCACCGCCAGCCAUGAAGUCAUGCAAUCCAACACCAAAAUUCUGGAGAUCCCUCUGCUGCCUGAAAACAACAUGAGAGCCAUAAUUGAUUGUGCAGGAAUCCUGAAGCUGCGUAAUUCUGACAUUGAGCUUCGGAAAGGAGAAACGGACAUUGGACGUAAAAACACUCGUGUAAGGUUGGUGUUUCGUGUGCACAUCAACCAAUCCAAUGGCCGGACAGUGUCCCUGCAGACAGCUUCCAACCCCAUUGAAUGCUCCCAGCGCUCAGCUCAGGAGCUUCCCUUGGUGGAGAAGCAGAGUGUGGACAGUUUCUCUGCCACUGGGGGCAAAAUGAUGCUUCUCAGUGGUCUCAACUUCCUCCCUGAGUCCAAAGUGGUGUUUGUGGAGAAGGCUCAGGAUGGGCAUCAUCUGUGGGAGACAGAAGCCCAAGUUGACAAGGACUCCGUCAAAUCUAGUACUCUUGUUGUGGAGAUCCCGCCGUACAGGAACCAGAGAAUAUCCAGCCCAGUGCAGGUUAACUUCUACGUCUGCAACGGCAAGAGGAAGAGGAGCCAAUACCAGCGCUUCACCUACCUGCCUCCAAAUGUGCCAAUAAUAAAGACAGAACCCAGUGAUGAAUAUGAUUCUCUGGGGACUGUGGGCCUGUCCAUGCAUUCAAGCCCCUACUACAGCCAGCCCAGGCUCACUCCCAUCUUGCCCGUGGCCGACCCUGAUGCCUGCCUGGUUGGUGGCUACCCUCCCUGCCCGCCUCGCCAUGCCGCCAUGCCAUCAUCGUCCCCCAGCUCCAGUCCUACCCUGCAUGACCUGUCCCCUGUGGCAUACAGCAAGUGUCUCCCCAACAGCCCCACCCAUGCGGCACCGCCAGGCCCCGUCGUGCCCCCCAUUCAGGAGACACCCGGCCACUCUAACCUCGCUCAUCCGCCGUCGCCAGACCACAACUCUCCCCUUGGGAUGCUCCACUCCCAGGGCAGCCCAAACCACCUGAACAACCCUGGACCCCAUGGUUACCACCCUAUCUAUGCCAACAGCAGCCCCUCGUCCUCUCCAGUGUCCCAUCCUUCCACUCCUGGAGGUCCUGCAGAGAGCCCCUUCGUUCAGGCUUACAGCCCCGGUCAGGCAGCAGCCAGCUCACCCAGCCUGCUGGCUGAGGAUGCCAGCCCCCCUUCAAUGGUCAUCACCGUGAAGCAGGAGCCUCGGGAAUUGGACCAGAUGUACCUAGAUGAUGUUAAUGAGAUCAUCAGGAACGACCUCUCCAGCAUUUCUGUGCACACUCAUGCAUAGACAUCCAGAGGUUCUCUGCAGCAGCAGCACACACACAACUUCAAACAGCAGCAACAACAAAAAAAGAGGACAAAAAAAGCCAGAGACCCACAUUAUGAAGAAUAGUUUUGACCAGGAUUUCCCUCCUGAACAUCAUCACCAUCAGCUCCUCUCGCUGCAGAGUCACAUUGAUAAUCACUGGCAAGAAUCAACAGGUGAAUGUUAUAUUUACAACAAAAAAUAAAAGGGAAAUGAUAUCAGGGGGCAAAGUAUACGACUACACUUGCCUUAUUUCACAGAAGAUGUUUAGUGGACCAAACAGCUCAAUAAGACUGAAUUACUCUUCUAUGUUUAACAAAUGACAAUCUUCAUUCGGUGUGAUCUGUAAGUUAAUGCAUGGACAAGCUAAUGGGAUAGUAAGUGUCGAGCUUCAUCACUUUGGUUCAUUUGUUUGUGCAGUCAGUCCGCAACAACCGAAUCGGUGCCUUACAGCAGUGAUACUGACAGCAGACAACAGCAGCAGCAGUCACACAGAUGCAAAUGGUUCAUUGUAACCCAAAGUGGAAGAUUUUAUAUGACAUUUUUGUAUCAUUUCAAUGAUUUGUUUACAGGGAAACAGAAUUUUAAAAAAGGCUGGAAAACUAUGUAGGGGAGUAUGUGAAUAGAUUAGAAUUGUAUUUUUCCUGCUUCCUUAUUAUUAUCUUUGUUCAUUUAUACUGAAUGUUAUGUAUGAUAUUCUUUUGUAUAAACAUGUAUUUGAAAAUAUGUAUGCCUUACCCUUAUAUCAUGCAAUUUGCUAUUAGCUUUCCUGUUUAUUUUUCUUCAUUUGUCUUCCCCUGACAUGACUUUGUACCAUUUCUCUUAUCCUGCGUUAUGCUUUUCACCUUAGUGCCUAUUUUUUAAUCACGCUUUUCCCGGUCUUCCAGUCCUCCACUCAGAUCAUGACAUAAUGAUGCAAAGACAAUCAGAGGAAAUAUCAAAUAUGUAGAACAUAUCCUAUGACAGCAGUUCCUGGUUUGCAGGGGCUUAUAAAGGCAGGUAUCAGAGUUUUCUUCUUCCCCAGCUUUGAGAUAGUUGAACAACGGUAUGCUUACCUGCUGAAUUUAAAAGAGAAUAUUCCUGGACAAUUUAUAUAUUUGUCUGUUACUUCUUGCACUGCAGGUUUGCAUGUAAACUGGCACAGGGAUUAUCUAAGUAGGCCACAGGCUCAGUUUUACUCAUCAUCUGGGUGAUUUCACUAAGGAGUCGGCAGGACUGUUACUUAACAGCUGGCAAUAAUUGAUCUGAGUUAACCAAAGGAUUUUAUCUUUGGUGAAAUUAUUGUCCAAGUUUCCUUUUUCUGUCAGAGACUUUAGCAUAGAGCGGUUUUCCCUCCGUACAAAAAAUAAAUAAAAACAUUAUGCACUUUACCGUAGAAACAGAACAGAUUUUCUUGCCUUCAGACCAAAUAUCGUAGGCUGAUUUCCACUGUUGUGUCACAAACAUAUCUUCGUUAACUCAUAGCCGCAGUCUUUUCCAUGUGAUCUGUCUUUCGGCGCAUGCACACUGUACUAUAGUCGGGGAUCAUUUAGCUGAUCGUAGCUUCCAGAAUAGCUUCCUAAUCCAUUUUUGGACAUAUACUAUAAUAGCAUGACUAAACUGUAUGGGGAAAAAAGGUUUCUAUUUUGUGCCUUACUCUCUUUCUCGGCUACAAAAUUGUUGCAACUCUGUAAUGCUUUUCAGUGUAGGCACAAGGUGAAAUAUAUUUCUCUUUAAUAUGAAAUAUUUAUGAAAAUUUAAAUGUGUUUUAAGUGCAUUUAAUGUGUUCUCAAAAAGGAAUUAAUAAAUGGCAAAAUGGUGACCAGGAA